UUUAUUAAUUGGUUAGAAGUUACGGGGAAUUAAACAACAAAAAAAAAAGUUAAGGGAAAUAGUUAAUCACGGAAAAUAAUGCAUAGUAGCUAAAAUCUGAUAUAUUUUUUUAAUGAGUGUAAAAAUCCUAAAACAUAUAUUUUCUGAAACAGAGGAAGUAAACAAAAAAAAAAUAUAUAUAUAUACAGGUAUGAAACAAUAUAAACCAAUUUUUAAUUAACAAAAAGAAACUCUUACUAUUCAAUUUAAAACCAGGCUUCAUAAUUGCUCAGAGGUCAUAUAUCUACCCAGUAAACAUGGGCCAAAUUUCUCAACAGCCCAAGUCCAUACUAACACGUGGAGAGUUUCUAUUGGAUAGUACUAAAAUUUCCUUGGGCGUCAAACCUGUGCUUCGUGGUCAACUGGUCAUCCUCUCUCCCAACUUAUUACAGGAACACGAGCUGAACAAUAGAGAACCCUAGAUCGUUAAGGAAAGAAGGCAUCUUCUCGAAUUCAAACGGGCCAACUAAGCUGCUUCCAUGGCUAGUAGAAUAAUUGCGCAGUUCAUUGUGAUGGGUUCUGGGAUAUUGGGUCGUGCUUUCUUUCAAGCCUAUCGUCAAGCCAUUGCUAAUGCAUCUAAAACUGGCGUUGCACAGGAAGCAAUGCAGAAUGCAGUACGCAAAGCAGGAAAAGCCAUUAACGCGCAAGAGGCUAGGCAGAUUCUCGGUGUAACCGAGCAGACCUCUUGGGAAGAGAUUUUACUGAAAUACGACAAGCUAUUUGAGAAUAACGUCAAAGCUGGGAGCUUUUACCUUCAGUCGAAAGUUGUUCGAGCCAAAGAAUGUCUCGAAGUUGUGUACAGGACCAAAGCCAAUUUGUAGGAUUCUUUUCUUUUUUUUUAAUGCUCGUUUAUGUAGAAUCCAAGACGAUGUCACAGUUCUUGCCAUAGUUUUGGUCACCUCUUACUUAAUAAUAAUAACGAAGGGGCCUUGGUCUGUUUAGUUGAUCAGUGUCAAAGAACCUCGUAAGAUUUGAAAACUGAGAUAAAUCUACAGUUGGUUAUGUA